AGAUCAGAGCCGCGUCCCGCUUCUCUAACAACGUCGGUCAGCCUUACCGAGCCGAAUGCAGGAACGACCUCCACGAUCAACCUCCUUCUCUAACCUUCAACACUUCCUGUGCUAUUAGGACUUCGGUCUACAAAGUGACGAUUCAAUACAAUCCAUCUCAAAACAAUUCAUCAGAGCAUAUUUGUACCUCCAAUCAUACCCAAACAUGGCACAACAGACCGACUGGAAUACCGGUGACAAGAACGGCCUCGUUGAUAUCGGCACAACUCGUCUCUACCUUCAAGUUUGCGGCCCCGAUCGGAUACCCAACCAAACAAUCGUGCUCAUCAUCCCGGGUUUGGGCUGUUGUGCAUCAUCCUGGGCAGCGGUCGUACGUCUCCUCCGUCCUCACAUGCGAGUCGUCAUCUACGACAGAGCUGGACUUGGGAAAAGCGAGCCAUCACAACGACGUCCAAACAUGUGCAAUAUCCUCCGAGAUUUGAAGAAACUCUUGGAGGUGACCCACAUCAAACCUCCUUUUCUCAUCAUCGCACAUUCUUGGGGUGGAGUCUUGGCCCAGCAGUUUAUUGCAACUUCUCCGCCCGGCAAUUUCUCUGGUCUAGUCCUCGUGGAAGCCAAUAAUGAACAUACUCUGAAAAUUCUGGAUUGGCGGGUGUUUGUUGAAUGGGUCAACCUUUUUGAUAUCGAUUACCCUAAGACGCUGAGAAUUGAGAGUCGUCAUCGAAUGCUUCCCGUCGAGUGGACUGAAUAUCUGCAAGACGAGAAUGGAGACGGGCAUAAAGCACAAGCCAAGGCAGAAAAUGCCGAGUAUGCGCUCAGCUUUCCAUUGUUGGCAGCGAAUCAUCCCCUUGACAGACAGGAACCUCUCUUAGGAGCCAAGCCUGUUAGCAUACUCGUGGGCACCAACGGAAGAGACCUUAGCAUGAUGUAUGACACUGCAGUUUCUCGAGGCUUUGGGACCCCGGACGAGGUGGCAUAUUUUAAGAGGUGGGCUGCGAAUUUUGGAGAAAUAGAUUUCAGACUCCAGAGUGAAGCAACGAAACUAUCUACCAACCACAAAGUUGUUCAAGGACCGGAGAACAGUGGACACAAUCCGCAUCUAACAGAACCAGAUGCUGUUGCUGAAUUGGUAAAAUCCACCAUGAGCAGAGUUUAGGUUUGUCGUAGAUGUAAUGCUACUUAGCUUAACCAGUAGAGGCACUUGUGGCAAGAUGAGGAGUUUGGUCACUUCGAGAUACUUUCCUCUAUUAUUGUACUUCAAGUACGAAAAAUUAAAAAAUGAGAGC